AUGUGCUUCGGCAUCCUCUACCACAUCGACGGCACCGUUCCUCCCCGCCGCACCGAUCCCCUAUGGGAACAGGUGGACUACUGCAUCCGCACAUGGCUCUAUGGCUCCAUUGCCGACUCUGUCCUCGACUUCACCAUGGCUGAAGAUCAGACUGCACGGGAGCUUUGGGUCGCCAUCGCCAACAAGUUUCAGGCGAACCAAGCACCCCGCGCCAUCUUCCUGAGCGAGGAUUUUCACUCCACAACUCAGGGUGAUCUCUCUGUCAUGGAAUUCGGCAAGAAGAUGAUGCUGGCCGCAGAUGUGCUUCGCAACAUCGGCCACCCUAUGGCCGAACCCACCCUGGUGUUGAACCUGCUGCGCGGCAUCCAUCCCAAGUUCAGCAACACCAAGGACCUCGUCGCAGCCACCAGGAACAUCACGUUCAAUGAGGCCCUAGAUCAGUUUGCCCUCAAUGAGCUACGUUUGGUGAACGAGGCAAAGGUUCUGUCCUCCUCAGCCUUGGUUGCUGCCACUACGGGAUGCGGGUCCUCGUGCUGUCCCUCCUCCUCCACCAGCCAGCACAUGCAGCAGCAAUAG